AAGCUACCUUGCAGAAGGAACUGGCGGGCACAUUGUGGCGCCUUGAUGAAGGCUCACCGCCGGAAUCCGCCGUGUGUUACUCUUGGUGUUUUGUAUUUCCGGGAUUUGGUCUGCCUAUAUCUACCAGUGUUUUCUCCACGAAACUCUCGAUUUGGUCCUGAUGGCCAGAGGUUCGAGCACCUCGCAUUUCUAAAUUUGGCACAGAAUGUAGUACGCGUAUUCUGGUCAUACAUCAUGAUAAAGAUAUGGUCCGAUGAAGGUUCUGGUGGUGCUCCUUGGUGGUCUGACUGGAGUGCUGCCAUUACCAAUACAAGUGGCCCAGCUAUGGGAAUUCAAGCGUUGAAAUAUAUCAGUUACCCGGCGCAGGUCCUUGCUAAGUCCUCUAAAAUGAUUCCAGUUACGCUGAUGGGUACAUUAGUCCAUGGCAUAAGAUACACUAUUCCUGAAUACCUUUGUUCAUUCCUUGUUGCCGGAGGGGUAACAACUUUUGCACUUCUAAAGACAAGCUCCAGGACUAUCAGCAAGCUUGCACAUCCAAAUGCUCCCCUCGGUUAUGGGCUAUGUUUAGUAAACCUUGCUUUCGAUGGAUUUACAAAUGCUACUCAGGAUUCCUUAAAAGCAAGGUACCCAAAAACAAGUGCUUGUGGUAUAAUGUGGGGCAUGAAUUUGUGGGCUACCGUGUACAAUAUGAUAUACAUGUUUGCCUUGCCAUAUGGGAGAGGAUCUGAGGCAAUUCGCGUUUGCGUCCAACAUCCAGAGGCAGCAUGGGAUAUUCUUCUAUAUUGUUGGUCUGGUGCGGUGGGCCAGAACUUCAUCUUUUUAACUAUAGGCCGAUUUGGAUCUCUGGCAAACACCACGAUCACCACCACUCGCAAGUUUGUUGGCAUUGUGGGGUCGUCACUAAUGAGCGGGAAUCCUUUAUCAUACAAGCAAUGGGGAUGCGUUUUCAUGGUAUUCUCUGGAUUGUCUUACCAGAUCUACCUCAAGUGGCAGAAGUUGCUGAGAUCUCAGAAAAAGAGAAAGACGACGUGAAAAAGAACCCUUUAAGCAAUUUUGAAUUUAAACGUUAGUGCCUUUUCAGCUCAUUUGCCGGUCAACCCCCUUGUUAUUAUCUCUUCUUUUACUUUUGAAAGGUGCAUCAAGCCCAAAUGGAAUUAUACAUUGGAUUUUUCCUUUUUUCAUUUGCGUCAUCCGUAUCGACAACUAAAAUAUGGGUUCUUAUUUUCUUCUCCCUCUUUUCUUUUUUUGAGUAGUACAAGUGUAGGUAGUGUCUUGCUCGUUUCUGGCGGGGUUACUAUUAGUUGCCUCCUUGUAUCUUAGUGUAGAGCCUUACCAUCUGUAAGUGUGAUUUCCGGAUUUAAUCCUCAAGUUCAUUGUCU